AUGGCUGUCAAUGAACUGACAAAGCUUGAUGAUGUCCUAUAUGAAGAAAAAUCUAAUAACCCUCUGGAUCAUUCUCCUAUCGUACGUGACCCAGCAAAGAGACGGAACAUAAUGUCUGUCGCAGACAGGAUUUGCCUGAUAGAACAAGGCUCUAUCCAGCCCAAACUCAUGCGUUAUCCUAGAAAUCCUAACAUAAAGGAUAAUAACAAACAAUGUACGUUUUCAUCAGAAUGGUUCAAACAGUAUCCAUACCUAGAAUAUUCCCUCCACACAGACAAAGCUUAUUGCUUUGUGUGUCAGUUAUUCCCGCAAUGUGACUCCAAGGAUGCUUGGAUUAAAGACUUUCAGAACGCGUGGGACAAGAAGAAAAGUGUCGGACAAAAGAAGAAAGGGAAGUUAUCCGCUCAUAUUGGUUGUAGUAGUCACAAAGCCGCGUUACAGCAGUUGAUUGACUUCUUGAUGGAUAAAGCUCGGCGAAAAGAGAUGAAUGAUAGUGCAGCAGAGAUCGAACGUAACAGAGAUGCGAUCAAAAUUAUGCUCGAUAUCACUAGAACACUUGGACGUCAAGGCUUGGCCAUAUGUGGAUCUAGCGAAGAAAACGAAGAGAAUAGUAAUUUCUAUCAGUUCGUGCAGUUGCUUUCGAGAAAUGUGCGGUCUUUCAAACGGUAG